AUGGCCAUCAACCUUGCAAUGAGUCUGGAAUAUUGUAACAUUGUAACACGGGAGCGGGAGCGCGCGGCGGGAGCCUCCGGAGGAGCCGUCGGAGCCGCCGCCGCCGCCGCCGCCGCCGCCGCAGGACAGGACCGGCCCGGCCGCGGCUCCGCCAUAGAGCAGGGGGGCCCGGGCAGCGCCGUCGCCCCGGCCCCGGCCAGCGGCGGGCGGAGGGAGGCGUCCGGGGGCGGGCGGGGGCGGUGGAAGCCUGCGGGCCGGGGCGGGGCCGGGGCCGGGGCCGGGGCCGGGGCCGGGGGCGGCGGCGGCGGCCGUGGCCGGGGUCGGGGCCGGGGUCGUGGCCGGGGCCGGGGUCGGGGCCGGGGCCGGGGCCGUCCCGGCGGCUCCCGGCGGGAGGCCGGUCCCGCCGCCGCCGCCGCCGCCGCCGCCGCCGCCCCGCCGCCCCUGCCCCCGCCGCCCCCGCCGCCCCCGCCCUCCCCUCCCGCCCCGGCCCCGGCCCCGUCCCCGCCCGGCCCCGCCGGACCCCGGCCCGGACGGCCCAACGACAGCGGCAAGAGGAUGGACUGCCCGGCCCUCCCCCCCGGCUGGAAGAAGGAGGAAGUCAUCCGAAAGUCGGGGCUCAGCGCCGGCAAGAGCGAUGUCUACUACUUCAGUCCGAGUGGUAAGAAGUUCAGAAGUAAGCCUCAAUUGGCAAGGUACCUGGGAAAUACUGUUGACCUCAGCAGUUUUGACUUCAGAACUGGAAAGAUGAUGCCUAGUAAAUUACAGAAGAACAAGCAGAGACUAAGAAAUGAUCCACUCAAUCAAAAUAAGGGUAAACCAGACUUGAAUACAACAUUGCCAAUCCGACAAACAGCAUCAAUUUUCAAACAACCAGUAACCAAAGUUACCAACCACCCUAGUAACAAAGUGAAAUCGGACCCACAACGAAUGAACGAACAGCCGCGUCAGCUUUUCUGGGAGAAGAGGCUUCAAGGGCUAAGUGCAUCUGACGUAACAGAACAAAUUAUAAAAAGCAUGGAGCUACCAAAAGGUCUUCAAGGAGUUGGUCCGGGUAACAACGACGAGACCCUACUAUCUGCUGUUGCCAGCGCUUUGCACACCAGCUCCGCACCAAUAACAGGGCAGAUCUCUGCUGCUGUUGAAAAGAACCCUGCUGUUUGGCUGAACACAUCUCAACCCCUCUGCAAAGCUUUCAUCGUUACAGAUGAAGACAUUAGGAAACAGGAAGAACGAGUCCAACAGGUGCGUAAGAAAUUGGAAGAAGCACUAAUGGCAGACAUCUUGUCACGAGCUGCUGAUACUGAGGAAAUGGAUAUUGAAAUGGACAGUGGAGAUGAGGCAUAAGAAUAUGAUCAGGUACUUUCAACUGAUUUUCCCCAAGGGCAAAUUCUUAAAAGUUGGCGAUGAUUUUUUCCACUGGUUUUUGCUUAAAAGAAGAAGUGGACCCAUGCACAUUUAUAUAGCUUUCUAAUAGCGUUAACCAAUGCCUUUUUAGACAUAUUUUUGAUGUAUAUAUCUAUUAUUCAAAAAUUGAUCUUUAUUUUGUGUCCUAUGACUUAAAAGUAGUCUUUUUAAUAUCAAGCAGUACCCUUAAACCGAAGCUGAGCUUUUGAUAUCAGGUUGCAAUCUGCAGGAAUUACAAUACUUGUAUUAAAUAUUUGUUUCCCCUACAGUUUUAGUAUGGAUGAAUCAGGACAACUGAAAAAAAAUGUUUCCCAAUUAAAGAUUAUUAUGACUUCACUGUAUAUACAGAUUUUUAUACUUCUAUUGAGAGAAGACACCUGUACAUUCUUCCAUCAUCACUGUAAAGACAAAAUAAAUGAUUAUAUUCACAGAC